AAGACCUAAACCUAGAGGGAUAAAAGGGACAAAUACAGGAGGAGGAGGAGCGCAGCUUUUCCAUAGACCCCCCCUUCACGAUCUCAUCUUCAUACCCCCACCCAAAGACCCCCUUUUCCAUCGAUUUCUGAUCCUCUAGACAAAAAUGAAGUGCAGCAAAACUUGAGAUUCCUCUUAAAAACUGAGGACGAAAUAAAGAAGCAAGUGACGGAAUCCUCUUGCAAACGAACAACAGAAGCUUCGGACGGAAAUUAGUUCAUUUUUCUUUCUCUGAGUUCCGAUUCUGAUCUGAAACAUGGAGUUUGGUUGAGGUCACGUUUGGAUUUCAAGGUAUCCGGUGCCGAUUCGAGGUUCCAGCGAGGUCGCUUUUAGUAGUUUUCCGGUCGUUGUUCAACUGUUCUGGCCGUCAUCUCGAUCCUGUGCUUGAUUCGUUAAUGCAAAGCUGUUGUUUCUCGGCCUUUAUUCGAUUGCAGAACAUGUGCUUGGUGAAGGGUCCUUCCAAACAAACAUAUAUGAACUGAUAUAGUCUAGCUGGAAUUGUUGAUUGAGAGACAUAAGCUGAAGAAAUGGUAGGCUGGCAACGACAUCUUCAGCGCAUGCUCCAUCAAGCUGGGAAGAGAUAUCACCAAAGUCGAACUAUUCCUUUCAAUUCACAUUAUCACUCAAAGUCGUCUCUAGUGCUUGGUGAGGCACCUUACUUGCCAAGAUUGCAGAAUACGGUUUCAUCUGGCAUCUCAAGGCCAUUAUACCAGUAUCUACAGCAUUUGGGGCUCUCUAGUACAAGGACCUUACUUGCAGACGCAUCUGAUGCUACACCAAUUUCUUCCCCAUUGAUACCGCUUCUAACAUCAAAUACUGGAAAUAAAGAAGCUGAGAAAGCAACUUCUAAACCUUCAACAGUUCAAGCAAUUUUGAAGGGGAUAAAACAGAGCCCAAAGAAGAUUAAUUUGGUUGCUGCAUUAGUUCGUGGGAUGCGUGUUGAAGAUGCAUUGUUGCAGUUGCAAGUGACUGUAAAACGAGCUUCCAAAACUGUCUAUCAGGUUAUACAUUCAGCUCGGGCAAAUGCAACCCACAAUUAUGGAUUUGAUCCAGAUCGUCUUCUUGUUGCUGAGGCUUUUGUUGGGAAAGGACUUUUCAAAAAAAGGGUGUCCUACCAUGCUAAAGGAAAGUGUGGAAUAAAAGUGAGGCCAGAAUGUAGACUGACCGUUGUAGUUAGGGAGAUAACUCCUGAGGAGGAGGUCGAGAUAGCUAAGUUGAGAGUACACAACUUCAAGAAGCUCACCAAACGCGAAAGGCGUCUAGUUCCUCAUAAGCUCAUUGAGACUACUCCAAUAUGGGACCGCAAAGGCAGAGCUAAGAGCAAUAGACCAGGUGCUGCUGCUGCUUGAGCACAGUUACUGUGGUAGUUUGGUUUCACUAGAAAGCUUUUUAGUUCCGUAAAAAACAGUUUGGGAUGAAAUGUGUGCCUCUUGUGGGAUUUCUUUUUCAAAUGUUCUUUCUCAUACAUCCCUGCUCAUAGCAGCUUAGGUCGAGAUCUUCAGCUUCAUUUGUAGGCACCUUCCUCCUUUUCUUUAGCAUCUUCAAGUGCCUCAAACUUCACGUACUUUUAUGGCCUUUAAAGUAUUCUGAUGACUGAUUGAAUGUGUAUUCAUUAUGGACAAAUAUUUCCAUUUUGGUCAGUGUAAUAAGUCAGAUUUUGCAUGUUGUGCA